AUGCUUUGGCGCAUAAAUUUUCAACACCACACUCGUAUUAGUCGUGUACCCAAUCGCGUUGAGCGUCAAUGGAGGUUCCUCAUCCUCUCUCUCCUCUUCACUUCUCCCACCUCCACCCAUCAUUCCCCCCCCUUCCUCCUGCUCCUCGACUCACUCUUCUCCCUGUUCAUUCCCGCUUCUUUCCUCACAUACCCAAAAACCUCCGGACGACUUUCUCUCUCCUCAUUCAAGCUCAGCGCCAGUGCCGCAGAGAAGAAGAAGCUCCCAAUUGUCAGUACCAACGGUGGUGAUUUUCGCGUUGCAUGCCGCUUGUGGAGAGCAUGGAGCUGCAAAAGGAAUGAGUCCAGGAAAAGUAUGUUAACAACUCUUCAUGGGUAUCACCAUCCGGUGGCUUUGCUUUCUGCUUCCAACAUAUUGGAACCGGAGAGUACCUGGUAGCCAUCUGGUUCAACAACAUACCCUAAACGGCCUUAGUUUGGCCAGAAAAUGGAGCUACUCUAGCCCCAAAAGGAUCCAAAAUUCAAUUUGCGACAGAUGGGAGUUUCGUGCCCAUUGAGCCGAAAGGGCAGCAGAUAUGGUCUUGAUUUGACCGAUACCAGUGUUUCCCAUGCAGCCAUGCUUUGACACUGGUAAUUUCAUGCUAUCAAGCAACAAGUGCUCUGUUACUCAGUGGCAGAGUUCUGAUAAUGCAACGGACAUGAUAUUGCCAACACAAAUAUUGAGCCAAGGCAUCAGACUUGUGGUCUGUUUCUGAGAAACAAACUACUCAAUCGGAAGAUUCAAAUUCAUUAUGCAGCCGGAUGGGAAUCGCACGCUUUACACCUAAUUAUCUGCCGAGGUAUGUCAACUCUGCUUACUGGGCAACCAUAACUAUUGGCAGUUAAUUUCAGGUGGUAUUCAACCAAUCUGGAUUUUUAUAUCUGGUAGCAAGGUACGAAUGUGUACUUGAUUUCGUAUCUUCAGAUGCUGCUUCAACUAGUCAGUUUUACUACCGUGCGAUUACUGGGCAUGAUGGAGUUCUAAGGCAAAAUGUUUACCCAAAAUCUGCUAACUCAGCCGGUGGAAGGCCUAUGGAAUGGACUAUUUUGUCCUUCAUUACAUUGGAUAUUCGGGAUAUUUGCUUAGUAAUUGGGGAAGCUACAGGAGGUGGUGCUUGUGGGUUCAAUAGCUACUGCAUUUUGCAAAGUGAUCAAAAUCCAAGAUGGGAGUGCCCAUCUGAGUAUGUAUCUUUUGAUCCAAAUGAUGGGUUGAGUGGAUGCAAACCCACAUUUGUUCAACAAAAUUGUAAUGGAGCUUUUUGGUUUCACUGACAUGCCCAAUACAGAGUGGCCUUAUUCUGACGACGAAUGAUAUAGAAUAACAUGAGAAGGUAAUACAUGAAAGACCACAACAUAUCAUGAUAUCACUAAAGACGCAAAAGACCUGGAGAACGGAGUAGAAUCUGGAGAAGAGAAGAAAUCAAGAAAUAGCAGAAAGUUCCAUACUAAUGGAUUUUGACAAAAGUUCACAAAAGAAAUCUCACAAUAUACUUUCAGGUGUUGGGUCAAAAGUGAAGCAUUCAAUUGCAAAGGUGAAGAAAGUCGUAACCUGUAAAUCUUCUCAUCCAAAGACCUCAUCACCACCAAGAUAGGAGAAGAAUAAGAGCUAGGCUCCGCUCCCGCAGUUGAAAACCGCUUUCCCGUUGGUUUGAUACGAUAGAAUUCUAUCUAUGAAGGCUUGUUUGUAAUUUCAUUUGUGCUAAGAUCAUUAUUUUUGAAGUUUGGUUGUAUUUGUCCUAGUUUCCUUGUUCAGAUUCAUUACUUGUAAAAAACAGUUAGAAUAUAUUCUAGUAGUAUUAGAUUGUUGUCU